AUGCUUCCGCUGCAUACAGGGCUGCGAAAGCCACUGGUUUGUCUGUUGCUUUGGCGGUGCCUGUUUCUGAUGUGGCGGAUUGCCAUUACGGGUUUCACCGUGGAUGCCCGUCGGCUCUCCGCAACUGUCCGCCAACUCUCGGACACAGUCUCUGUGACGACCAGUUUCACUGUUCAGGUCGCCGACGGCACUGCUGCUGAGGAUCUUUUUGCCACGAUUGCUGGAGCUGCCGACGCUAUCAAGACGGAGACUGACCGUGCUAUGGCUGUCGCUGAUUGGAGUGAUGAAUCGUUGAUUACCGUUGCUCCUACGAUGACGACCCCCGAUGUCGGCACCCCGCUUGUGAUUGAAGACGCAGGCGCUGAUACACCCACCGUCCAUUCCUCUGCCGACUCCACCGCCGACCCCACCGUAACGAUCAUCAUCAGUUCGAUCGCUGUCGUAAUGUGUUGCUGUGUCUGCGGUGCAACGUAUGUGUUGAAGAUGAGGGUCAUGGUCCGUAGACCUGCGAGGGCCCGCCGCCAACCCAGCAGGAGACCGUCGAGCUUGAGAGUGGAAUAUGAAGACGAGGUUCCCAGGAGCAUGGAGUUUUGGUUCGUCCCUGUGGACGAACUCAUGCGUAUGCCAGCGGGCAUGGAGUUGCCAUCUCAUCAGGAGUGGCGCGACAGCGGGCACUUGGUCAAGCGGAGGAUGAAUUUUGACGACGUGAUGUUAGGAAAUUUCGUGGGCAACACGGCAGCAAUCUCUCAUCGUUGGCCCACCGAAGGGCGUUUUGACCCAGAUGGUUCGAAAUUGCGUAAAUUGCAAGCUAUAUUCAAGGAUACCCCGUCAAUCAAGUACGCCUGGAUCGAUUGGGUAUGUGCACCUCAAGGUGAGCGUUCCCAUGCUGAUGAAGCUGAGUUCAACUUGAUUUUGGAGAACGUCGUGCCCUUCAUCUUCCUCGGGUGCACCGUGAUUGUUUUGUACGACCGCAUCUACAAUCAGCGCUUCUGGCCGAAUCUGGAAUGCUGGAUUGCCACUAAGAUGCCGACAGAGGAAGGGUUAGUGCCAGCGAGUCAGGAACGCCUUCGGAUGAAGGUUUACGGUAUGGAAUCAGAAGAAGGCGACACCAAGUCAAUCCAUGAUUUCGUGAUGUCUAAUUGGCAUCAGACUACUGCUGAGGAGGCAAUCGUGUCGUUAUGCGAGGAAGACAUCCUUGCCGCGAAUCCCACUGAUAAGGAUGUCUGUCUUGAAGUCGUUGAAUUUCUGAGCAAGCGGGUUCAACGCUUCUACCCCGCCCAACCUAUGCUCAGUGGCAUGGAGUUUUGGUUCUUUCCAGUUGACAAGUUCUUACAACUACCUUCAAACAGGCCCAUCCCACGUCAUCAGGAGUUGCGUGACUUGGGCGUCUUGGUCAAGCGGCAGAUGAACAUAGAGGACGUGAUUUCGGGAAAGUUCAUGGACUCGGCGGCAAUUUCCCACCGUUGGACAACCCCAGAGCAUCCCGACCCAGAUUGCGCGAAGUUGCGUAAACUUCAAGAGGAAUUGACAGGCUCGUCAAUCAGGUACUUGUGGCUGGAUUGGACAUGCGCCCCUCAGUGGAUGGGUGGCGGGCGCAACGAUGAUGAGGAGAGGGAGUUCAGGCGGACCCUGGAGAACAUCUUGCCUUUCAUCUUCCUCGGUUGCAGGGUGAUCAUCAUGUACGAGCGUAUCUACAACCAAAGGUUUUGGCCGAAUGUUGAGUGCUGGAUCGCCACUAAGAUGCCAACGAAGGAUGGGCUAGUGCCGGCUACCGAUGAUCGCCUUCGUAUACAAGUGCACGGUAUACGCUCGGCAAAUGGAAAGGAUGUGGGGAGCCGAUCUUUCUUGCUGGCGGCAUGGCACUCAAGAAGCGCUUGGGAUGCGAUCGCGACGCUGUCCAAAGACGACAUCCUGGUCACGAAUCUCAAGGACAAAGAGGUCAACCUGAAGGUGGUUGCAUCAUUGGACUCGCAGAUCCGCCGCAUCUACGCGUCGAAGCACACCAAGAACGAGACGACUGAUGAGCCCAAUGCGCCCUCAACAUCCCAGGGCCCGUGGUUGCCCACGCCAGGCCCUUGGCUUCAGACGCCCGAGCCCGAGCCCGAGGGGGCUGCCGUGGCCGUGUGA